UACCUGUGCAGAAGUAUUUCUAAGUUCACUUCAAUCAGCUACCUACCGGCAAAUUUACAGUGAAUUUUCAAUACCUCGUGGAUACUUUAUCCCCCGAAAACAACUAGAAUGCCGUAGAAACAUUUUUUAGUGAAUGUUACUGGGGGUUGCAACAAAAACAAGAUCAAAAACAAAGUGAACUGUGCGAGCUGGGGUCAGGGCUCGGCUGAGGCGACCUCUUCAGAUACAGAACCCCUCACAAAGGAUCCGCCGCCCGGGGAACCCUGUGCUGUCUCACAUAUGGAUGUUCAGGGGUACAGAUGGGUAUGUUGGAAGGUGUGGCUGUGUCGUAUUGGGGCAGUAUGUUCUUUAGGUCUACUGCUGGUGCUCUUCAACUGGCGCCCUCGCCUCGGCUUACUGGCCCGGUGUUGCUCCUGUCCCGUUCCAAUGGCGGAUGUUUUAUUAUUAAAAGACAGAUAUGGCCAGCAGUUUGUUAUUGAUGUGCAUACAGAAGAGAUUGAGGAGGGCAGUUUGGAGUAUGCAAUAGGAGAGGCAGAUGACAAUGAAUGGAGAGACACUGUGCAGCUGCACAAAGAUAAGAAAACAUUGCUUAGAUAUUACGUGUUUGAGGGCAUGCGUUACAUAUGGAUGUCCAAGAAAGGUGCUUACUGCAAAGCGAGUAUUCUCAAUGAGAGUUGGACCUGUGUUGACUUGCAUGGCCAAGGGCAAGGAUUAAGUUGUGCAGACCAAAGUUCAAGAAAGCAGAUUUUUGGGACCAAUAUUAUUGAUGUUCCUGUGAAGUCCUAUUUGCAACUUCUCUUUGAGGAGGUCCUCAAUCCAUUUUACAUUUUUCAAAUGUUUAGCAUCAUCCUGUGGAUGUCAGACAAGUACUAUUAUUAUGCUGCUUGCAUCGUCAUCAUAUCCUUAAUUUCCAUUGCCGUCUCUCUUUAUGAAAUUCGUAAGCAAAGCACCACUCUCCGAAACAUGGCACGCUUGGUGGUAAACGUUACUGUGCGCAGAGACACUGGAGAAGAGGAGUGUGUGAAUUCUGAGGAGCUGGUACCGGGCGACUGUAUCGUGAUUCCAGCUGAGGGGCUUCUCCUGCCCUGUGAUGCCGCCCUGCUGGCCGGGGAGUGCAUGGUGAACGAAAGCAUGCUGACUGGUGAGAGUAUACCUGUAAUGAAGACGCCAUUGCCUGCAUCUGAGGACACAUUCAGUGCAGAGUCUCAGCGGAGGCACACUUUGUUUUGUGGCACACAUAUCAUCCAGGCUAAAGGAGGCGGUCGUGAUGGAAAAGGGGCUAUAGCUGUUGUAACAAGCACAGGGUUUUUUACGGCCAAAGGUGACCUUAUUAGCUCUAUCCUGUACCCUCAACCAUUAGACUUCCGCUUUUACAGGGACGCUAUGAAGUUUGUACUGUUCUUAGCAGUUUUGGCACUGUGUGGCACUAUUUAUAGCCUUGUGAUACUUUCAAGGAGUAAUACCAACAUUCAAGAACUUAUCAUUAGAUCUCUGGACAUCGUGACAAUAAUCGUUCCACCAGCCCUUCCUGCUGCUUUAACUACAGCAACCAUCUACGCCCAAAGCCGUCUGAAGAAGCAUGGGGUGUUCUGCAUCAGCCCUCCUCGCAUUAACAUCUGUGGCAAGAUAUCGCUGUUCUGUUUUGACAAGACUGGUACUCUUACAGAGGAGGGUCUGGAUGUGUGGGGUGUGGUGGAAGUUAAUGGGACAGCAUUUAGUGAGGUGGUCCCUGAUCCUCGCGGUCUUCCUUCUGGACUCAUGCUUUCAGCUCUCGCCUCCUGCCAUUCCUUGGCUUUGCUACGGGGUCAAGCGAUUGGAGACCCUCUAGAGCUCAAAAUGAUCGAGUCGGUUGGAUGGGAACUUACAGAGCCUGAAAAUGAGCUGGGACUUGACCCUGAAUUUGGAAAACACAGAAUAUUAGCAGUGAUGAAGCCACCUGAAUCUGAUCUCCAGUCUCAAGAAAAUUCUAUCUAUGAGCCGGUGGCAAUAGUGCGUCGAUUUCCUUUCUCCUCCUCUCUUCAAAGGAUGAGUGUAGUGACUGUUGGACCUGGAGGAGUUUCUCCUACUGCCUUUCUUAAAGGAGCGCCUGAGAUGGUGGCCAGCUUGUGCCUUAGAGAAAGUGUGCCUACUCAUUUUUCACACAUUUUACGGGACUAUACAAGCAAGGGCUUUAGAGUCCUAGGAUUCGCCUACAAGCAUCUUUCUAAGGAGACUGAUGUAAGCACUGUUGAAAGGGUGGAGUUGGAGAAAGACAUGAACUUCCUGGGUCUAUUAAUAAUGAAAAACCAAGUAAAGCCAGAGAGUGCAGAAGUAAUCCAUAUCCUCAAAUUGGCAAAUCUUCGGCCUGUAAUGGUUACAGGUGACAAUAUCCUGACAGCUGUAAAUGUAGCACGUACAUGUGGAAUGGUGUUGUCAAAUGAGAAGAUCAUUUUUGUUCACGCAUCGCCCCCUACUGCAAGCUCAAUGGCCUUACUACAGUUUCAUCAAGGAGAUGGGGUGGUGGGCACCAUUAAUACUCAAGAGUCUAUGGACAGUUUAACACAGGGCCUCUAUCAGCAUGGCGGUGCCUAUCAUUUGGCUAUUAAUGGAAUGUCCUUCGCUGCACUUUGCGAUCAUUUCCCUGAAUAUCUACCCAAGAUCCUGAUGAGAGGUACAGUGUACGCCCGAAUGACUCCAGAACAGAAAACCCAGCUGGUGAAGGCACUGCAAAAACUCAAUUAUAAAGUGGGAAUGUGUGGAGAUGGAGCCAAUGACUGUGGAGCUUUGAGGGCUGCAGAUGCUGGAGUGUCAUUAUCUGAGGCCGAGGCGUCCGUGGCUUCUCCUUUCACAUCCAAGUCUGACAACAUUAGCUGUGUACCUCUGCUCAUUAAGGAAGGCAGAUGUUCACUCGUGACCUCAUUCAGUCUUUUCAAGUACAUGGCCUUGUACAGUAUUAUCCAGUUUGCCUCUGUGCUAAUACUCUACACUGAGAAAACAAACUUGAGUGACUUGCAGUUCCUCUUUAUCGACUUGAUCUUGGUGACAAUUUUGGCUAUAGUGAUGGGACGGGGAGGGCCCAGCGAUGAGCUUCAUGUCCAGCGACCACCUGCCAGUCUUUUGUCCUUGACAGUUUUGGGCAGUUUACUGGUGCACACCUUUCUGCUAAUCCUAGCACAGGUGUCUGCACUGCUUAUCACCAUGUCUCAAGACUGGUAUGUGCCUUUGAACUCCACUGUUUCUGGGGCGGCCAACUUGCCCAACAUGGAGAAUACAAGUGUAUUCUCCUUAUCAGGGUUUCAGUAUAUCAUCAUGGCCAUUGUGAUAACUAAAGGAUAUCCUUACAAAAAGCCGCUGUUUUACAAUUUUUGGUUUCUAGGUACGCUGCUGAUCUUCUUUGCAUUAAUGAUCUGGCUGGUGCUUAACCCUUAUACCAUCAUGCAUAAAAUUCUCAAGAUCUAUGACAUUACCGACAUGAACUAUAAACUGCUCCUGUUGGCUUUAGGGGCACUUAACUUCUUCAUAUGCUACCUGCUUGAGAUUCUCAUUGACCGAGGUGCCUUGAACUGCCUUCGCAAACUACGAGGCAAACGCGAGUCCAAAAAGCAGUACAAACGUCUGAACAUACUUCUGGCAGAAACGCCCUCAUGGCCGCCACUGAACCAGCCCUUGUACCCACCACAGAGUACCAUCAUUGGUGUUAGCUAACACCAGCUUCCCUUUUUAGCAUUCUGGCUCUCCCGUUACACAUAUUCAAGGUCGCCAAAUCUGGUACCACCUCUUAAAGCGCUGGUUAGGUGUGUGUACCGGAUGCUAUCCUUGUCUGCCUAUUAUAUAUGGCACAGAACUUUAUACAGCAAUUGAAGUAAACUAAUGAUCUCUUAAGUGUUGGUGUUUCUAAAGCAAAGUUAACAAAUACAUUUUGAAUAAAUAAGUAUUUUUGAA